UCUACAUAUAAGCCACCAAAACGCUUCUUUUCUUUAUCUUUUUGUUUCAAUUUCCAAGAGCAAAAAGGAAAAGGAGUGAGAAAAACAUUGGAAUAAACAUGUCUUGUCAAUAUUUAACCCCGACCGGUUUUCUCAGAUUAUCCCUCACCGCCCGCCGUUACGCGUCGAAUUCUUCUGCAACUAAACCUCAUAAUUUCCUUAAAUGCCAGGGGUGUUGUACAGAAAAAGCAGUAAGUUUCAGUUCCAAUCUGCAGUGCAAUGCGGUUUCAAGACCUCGUACAAAAGAAUACAAAGAGGUGUUGAGAAAUGGUUUGCCAGUUAUUAAGUGGGACGACAACGUGGAGGAAGAAGACACAGAAGAAGAAGAAGAAGAAGAAACACACGAGGUGUACACAUCAAAUAAGAUAAAGGAACAUAUUCAUGCCGUCCGGUUAAUGCUUCAAUCCAUGGAAGAUGGAGAAAUAAGUGUAUCAGCUUAUGACACAGCUUGGGUUGCACUUGUGAAAGACAUUAAUAACAGUCCUCAAUUCCCUUCAAGUCUUGAAUGGAUUGCCAACAAUCAACUUGCUGAUGGUUCGUGGGGUGACAAAUCCAUAUUUUUGGCUCACGAUCGUAUCAUCAACACAUUGGCUUGUGUUAUUGCCUUGAAAUCUUGGAAUGUGCAUCACGACAAAAGAGAACUAGGAAUGUCAUUCAUUAGAGAGAAUUUAAGCAAGAUUGGAGAUGAAAAUGCUGAGCAUAUGCCAAUUGGAUUUGAAGUGGCAUUCCCUUCACUAAUUGACAUUGGAAGAAAGAUAGGCGUUAAUAUUCCGGAUGAUUCUCCUGUCUUGAGAGAGAUAUAUUCUAGAAGAAAUCUGAAACUCACAAGGAUACCCAAAGACAUAAUGCACAAGGUGCCGACAACAUUACUACACAGUUUGGAAGGGAUGCCAGAUUUGGAGUGGCAAAAACUACUUCACUUGCAGUGCGCUGAUGGGUCUUUCCUCUUUUCUCCAUCCUCCACUGCCUUUGCACUUAUGCAAACUCAACAUCAUAGUUGUCUCAAUUAUCUCACCAACAUUGUUCACAAAUUUAAUGGCGGAGUUCCUAAUGUAUAUCCGGUGGACUUAUUUGAGCACAUUUGGAUCGUUGACCGAUUGCAAAGACUUGGAAUCUCUCGAUAUUUUGAGGCAGAAAUUAAGGAAUGUAUUGAGUACGUCAAUAGAUAUUGGACAAAUGAAGGAAUCUGCUGGGCUAGGAAUUCCAGAAUUCAAGACAUUGACGACACGGCCAUGGCUUUUAGACUUUUAAGGUUGCAUGGCUACGUGGUUUCUGCUGACGUAUUCAAAAACUUUGAGAGCAAGGGUGAAUUUUUAUGCUUCGUGGGACAAUCGAACCAGGCAGUUUCAGGAAUGUAUAAUUUGUUUAGGGCUUCCCAAUUGAUAUUUCCUGGAGAGAAGAUACUUGAUGAUGCCAAGAAUUUUUCCUUCAAUUUCUUGCAAGAAAAACGAGCGCAAAAUCAAAUUCUAGACAAAUGGAUCAUCACCAAAGAUCUCCCUGGAGAGGUAGGAUAUGCAUUAGACAUACCGUGGUAUGCCAAUUUGCCCCGGCUAGAAACAAGGUUCUUCUUGGAACAAUAUGGUGGUGAAGACGAUGUGUGGAUUGGCAAAACCUUAUACAGGAUGCCAUUAGUCAAUAAUAACACAUAUCUGGAGCUGGCAAAAUUGGAUUACAACAAUUGCCAAGCACUGCAUCAGCUUGAGUGGAGAAGCAUUCUCCAGUGGUACAAAGAAUGUGGAUUAGGGGAGUUUGGAUUGAGCGAAAAAAGCUUAUUGGUGACGUACUAUUUGGCGGCGGGGAGUGUAUUUGAACCAGAAAGAUACAGAGAGCGGCUGAUUUGGGCCAAAACUGCUGCUAUUAUGGAGACAAUUAAAUGCCACUUUGAGGAACACAAGACUGCUUUUCUUCACGAACUUGCGCACAGCCGCAGCAGCUUACACUGCCUGAAUUCUUAUGCUAGUAAUGUCAGGUACAGGACAGGAAGGCUCGUCGGGACUCUACUCGGAACCCUAAACCAGAUCGCACUGGAAGCCUUGAUGAUUCACGGCAGAGACAUCAAUCAACCUCUACGUCAUGCUUGGGAAAAGUGGCUAUUGGAAGAAGAGGGAAAAGGAGAUGCAGAACUCGUAAUUGGUACGUUAAAUCUCAGCGCCGGCAUGUCAGAUGAUGAGUCGCAUCCUAUGUAUCAAAAGCUCCUCAAUGUCACAAGUAGAGUUUGCCAUCGUCUUCGACUCUUCCAGCACUCAAAGGUACCGAAUGCGGAGGAUCAGAGGAUUGAAAUAUCGAGAUGCAUGGAGAUAGAACAUGACAUGCAACAACUAGCCGAACUCGUGCUAUCCAAAUCAGAUGAAGAUGUAGAUGUAGAUGUCAAUGUCAAGCAAACGUUUCUUAAUGUUACCAAGAGUUUCUAUUAUGCUGCUUACUGUAAUCCAAGAACAAUCAAUUUCCACAUUGAGAAAGUCCUCUUCCAGAGUGUAGUUUAAUCAUUAAUAUAAUCUAGUGUAUUAUCAACUUUA